ACCGCUGCCGCCGCCGCCGCCGCUGUCAUGUACACAACAACAGACUGUGUACGUACGGUAACAAAUUAUUAUUAUUAUUAUUAUUAUUAUUAUUAUAAUCGUCACUAUCAGAGUAUCGAGGUGAAAAAUCAAAUUAAAUAGAACCUAGUCUACAACCGUACCGCCGCCACUCGUAUACUGUAUAGUACUGUUGUCACGGUAAAUAAUAAUAAUUAUUAAUAUAUCGGUUUGUUUUUUCGUCGUACGUGUACACUACUGACGAAAUCGCGAUACCGAAAAGUUUCUGAUAUUUAUAAUUAUACGCUAUCGUCGUCGUCGUCGUUCGAUAUUUUCCGUACGCGGUAGGCAUUCGUUUCGGCGGAGAACGAUCGCGUCGCGGGCGAAAUACGCCGCCGCGGUGAAACGGCGCCCCUAGCGCGACAAAUGCGACGAGCUCGUUCUCGAGACAGCGGACAGCCGAGAGCAGACGCCGCCGUCGUCGCGGGCCCGUUUUGCCUCGAAUGAUGUGGUCGAGUCGAAGGUGGCAAUUGGACUACCACACAACGACGAUUACGGUGUCCACUUCCAGACCAUCAUCGCGGUCCGUUCGCCACGGUCGGGUCAUCGCACUGGAAUAACUGCCCGGUCACAUCGCUAAUACACGCACAAGACCGGCAUAAAUGACCAACGAUAUGGCUUUCAACGAAAAAGUCGACCCAGAACUCAUAUUUACCAAACAAGAACGUAUUGGUAAAGGCUCAUUUGGUGAAGUUUUCAAAGGUAUAGACAACCGAACACAACAAAUUGUGGCCAUUAAAAUAAUUGAUCUGGAAGAAGCUGAAGAUGAAAUUGAAGACAUCCAACAAGAAAUUAUGGUUUUAUCUCAAUGUGACAGUCCAUUUGUCACCAAAUAUUUUGGUUCCUAUUUAAAAGGCACUAAGCUAUGGAUUAUUAUGGAAUAUCUUGGUGGUGGAUCAGCUCUUGAUUUAAUGAAAGCUGGUAAUUUUGAAGAAAUGCAUAUUGCCAUUAUACUUAGAGAAGUCUUAAAAGGUCUUGAUUAUUUACAUUGUGAACGGAAAUUACACAGGGAUAUUAAAGCGGCAAAUGUUUUAUUAAGUGAAAUUGGUGAUGUUAAAUUAGCUGAUUUUGGUGUUGCUGGUCAAUUGACAAAUACAACUAGCAAACGAAAUACAUUUGUUGGUACACCAUUUUGGAUGGCACCUGAAGUUAUUAAACAAUCUGCAUAUGAUUCCAAGGCGGAUAUUUGGUCAUUAGGAAUAACAGCUAUAGAGUUAGCCAAAGGUGAACCUCCUAAUUCUGAGCUACAUCCAAUGAGGGUAUUAUUUUUGAUUCCAAAAAAUAACCCUCCUCAGUUGACAGGAAAUUAUACUAAACAGUUUAAAGAAUUUGUGGAAGCGUGUUUAAACAAAGAUCCUGAAAAUAGACCAACUGCAAAAGAAUUAUUAAAAUUUCCAUUUAUAAGAAAAGCUAAAAAAAGUUCAUAUCUGGUAGAUCUUAUUGAUCGUUAUAAAAAAUGGAAAUCUCAACGUAAUGAAGAGAGUGAGACAGAAUCAGAAAGUUCAGAUGUGGAAGAUUCUGGUAAAAAUGACAGUGAUUUAGAUGAACCAUGGAUUAUGACUGUUAGAGGACCCAAUUCUUUAAAGCCUUUAUUAAAUACUACUGCUGAAUCAAGCUCUGCUUCACAAUCUCAAUUGUUGUCAAAGAAAACUCAACAGAACGGAUCCUUGCAAUCAUCUAAAAAAUCAUCUAAUCACAAAUCCAAUAACGUUGAACCUAAUCUGAUUGUCAGUCAUAUUCAUGGAUCUAAAAAUUCAGACAAACGUAAUUCAAAUUCCAAAGAAAUUGAAACAAAACGCAGUGUUACUCGCAUGUCAGAACAUACAGAUAAUAAGAAACAAUCUGUUCAUCCCAAGACUAACCAAAACCAUAAUAACUCGUGCUGGUCUCCAUGUCUGUCUCUUUUAAUUUUUCCUUUGAUAUCUGAGUUACAAAAGAGAUAUCGUUACAAAAAUGAUGUGUCCUAUAAGAUUGAUGCUAUUGAAGAAUUGAAAAAUUCUUUUGAAUUGGCUGAACGUGCAAGCCCAGGAAUAAGUGAUCAGUUUCUCAGAGAAAUGAUACACAAAUUAUUACCAUCAUUAUCAGAACAGAGAAUAUCGAACAUGCUAGAUCAUAUGAUAAGGGACAAACAUUGAUUACAGAUAAACAAAUUUUUUUCACGUUAUUAUUUCAUUUUAGUAUUCUCCUAAACGUCCUAGCUAAUCACUUUGAUCAGACAAUAAAUAAAUAAUUUAUCUUUC